ACAGAAGGCUCCACUAUGGACAUCUGUCAAUCUAUUGAAAAUUUGUUUGGGGUUCCAGCUGAACUGAUGGAAUUUUCUCAAAGCCUGCUAGAGAGCGUUCCAAGGACCAUUUCUCAGACUUCAGUGGUUAAAAACUAUAUCCAGAGACAUAUUUUAUGUCACAGUAAUGAGAAAAAAAAGCCUCUAAAGAUGUGGACAGGUGGCUCCAUGUCUUCUAUAAUACAGCAAUACUCUGGUACUAGAUUAGGAGGAAAGAAAGCAAGCUCAAAGCUCAGCGAUAUAUUCCAGGAAGUCGCUGAGCAUGUGUCUGUGUCAUGUACCGGGGCCCGGUUUCCUGCCUCAUUGAAAUCAGAGUCUACUCUUGAGAUAUUUUACACUAGGGAAGAUUCUGUUUGCAGGGAGCAGAGUAAAAUCUCACCAUGUGGUUCACCGACUGGGACUUUUGAGUCCCAGCAUUCCCUCAAGACAAGUUCUCUCUCCCAGUCCAAGAACGAUAUCUCAGAACAGCUCCAACUGCUAAAAGAACUACAGCUAAAAAUAGCAGGAAAAUUCCUAAGAAGUCAAAUACCCCACAAUGUCCCUCCACCUUUAGCGUCAGGCUUUGUUCUAAAGUAUCCCAUCUGCUUACAAUGUGGCCGAUAUUCAGGAUUUAAUUGCCGUCAUAAGUUACAGUCUGCUUUGGGGCCAUACCUUCUUAUCUACCCACAACUCCACCUUUUAAGCACCCCCGAAGGCCAUGGUGAGAUUAGGUUGCAUCUUGGAUUUAGAUUGCAAACUAGGAAAAGACCUCAAGUCUCAAAGUAUGAAAGAAACAGAGCAAAUCCACGGAAGAGUGCUGCAUCACCAUCUCGAUGGAAAGCUAGAUUGUCUACACUGGCUUCCAGGAGUCCUAGUCCUAGAAGAGAUUUCCAGUCCAGAUCUUCCCUGUCUCCUGCUUCUGUACAAGUUCACACUCAACUAAAGAAUUGGCAUAGCCGCUGUGGUGUGGCAGGAAAGACAACAGCCAAAGACUAUGAAUUCUAUCAGGUUCACUCCGUAUCAGAGAGUGACUAUGAAAGCAUAGUGUCUAUGAAAACAUAUCCAGUGAAGAAAAUCGCCACGGGACCUGAAACACAAAAUCAAAAUCAGUACAAAAAUCAAAAUCACUACAGUACAAAAAUCAAAAUCACUACAAAAUCAGUACAAGCACAAAAGGCAGUCGUCCUAGAACACUGAGGGGUCUGCUAAGAAGCAGAAUUCAAACCACCCAAACAAGCACUGUUCCUUCCAAGAGACAACCUAAGAAAUCCUCCCCACCCAAAUUCAUCCAACUGCUUUUUCACAGCAUGAGGAA